AUGGCAGUUUGUGCGUCUAUUCAGUGUCUGAAGGAGGGGAAUGUGGCGGUUGGACGCUUACGGCCACGGCGAAAGCAAAGUUUCACCAGGAAACGUAGUGGAAUUUGGAAAGGGCUUAACAGAAACAGCUCGGGCUCGGGCCGAGGUGGCGUCCAAGAGGGCCGGGGGGGAGCUGUGGCGAGGCCGGCUGGUGCUCACGUUCAGGAAGUACGGCGGGCAGACGCUGCAGUGGCUCCUGGAGAACGACGUGGGCUGGCUGGUCUAGCUGCUCUUCGAGUUCUGCCAGAAAGGGGAGCAGAACCAGGUCCUGCAGUGGCAGAAGCAGAACCAGGUCCUGCAGUGGCAGAAGCAGCGCAUGCUGGAGUACGCCAGAGAGUUCCCUGCUGUCACCUGCACCUGGACAGAAGACUAGAGUUACAACAGUCAAAAGCUCAACGGGCAGAGUCUGUGGUCUCCCAGUUUGAGCAGGAUCCCAACUAUGCCAGCGAUGCAGAGCUGUUGGCUGCCACAGAGAACAUCCCGGAGGAGUCUGAGGCUGCGGUGUGCACCCAGCUCACCACCUGUGUGGAGCUCACUCCAGCUGGGAGUCAGGACACUGAGCCCAGACCCUCAUCCCUGGAGGAGAGCUCUGCUGCCUCAGAGCCUGGUGGGGUUGUGCUGGAGGGCUGGCAGAAGUUUUGGGAGCAGCCCCCUGCCUCUGCCAAAGCACCGGGCAUUGCCACUCCCAACAUCGGGUGGCUGAAGGGCAGCGAGAUGCACGGCCUCUUCACGAGGGCCUCCAGCUACAAGAGCGUGAGAGGGGAGACCGUGGAGAGGAGGCUCUUGAAGGAGCAGAUGGAGUUCCACCCUCCACCACCUCCGUCGUCUGUCAGGGGGGCGCUGCCCAACAUGCUGGCCUUCUUCGCCACCCCUAAGAGAAAAGAGUGA